UCUUCCUCGCAGAGUCGCAGCCAAUUUGCAUACUCGCAAAAUUUCUUCAGGUUCAGAAGUGUCCAGAUCUGGCACGCCUCGCUCCGAUGCGCUCGCCAACGGGCGCGAAGGCAUGCUUUUAAAAACACUGGUUUCAAUGACUAUUCCUCAAACAAGGAACUUUGGGCUUCCAUUCAUGAACCUUAUCAGAUUAAAAGGAAUUCCUAUCCUGCAGCAGCUUCAUUUAGAGGAGCAAUUGCUUCGAACCUCGUCUGAUAAUUGGUGCAUUAUGAAUGAUGGAACAAAGGAUCCUACUAUUGUAAUGGGUAUUUCAGGAAAACCUGCAGAGCUUCUUGAAAUUGAUUUGGUGUUACGAGAUCAGAUUCCUGUCAUUAGAAGGUUCACCGGAGGUGGUACUGUUAUUGUUGAUCACAACACCGUAUUUGUUACUUUCAUAUGCAACACGGAUGCGGUUGCUGGCCUGCAACCAUAUCCUCGACCUAUAAUGUCCUGGAGUAGCCUUUUAUACAGCAGAGUGUUUGAAGGACGUGGUGAUUUUCAACUUCGUGAAAAUGAUUAUGUAUUUGGUAACCGCAAGUUUGGUGGGAAUGCUCAAUCUAUUACUAAAACCCGGUGGAUCCACCACACUUCCUUUCUAUGGGACUAUGAGGUUAGGAACAUGGCAUACCUCAGACUUCCAAAACGAAUUCCUGAGUAUCGAUUGGCAAGAGACCAUUUGGAAUUCAUAUGCUGCCUCAAGGACUACAUCCCAAGAUCGGUUUUUCUUGACAAAACUGUGGAUGCACUUAGAACCCAAUUUUCCGUGAGAUCCGAGCAGUUGGAUGCCUUUGAAGCUACCUCAAACACAAAGUUUGUACCCUCAACUAGGCUGUUGACAAGGCAGGAAUUGGAGGAAGCGGCUUUUGGCUCUCAUGCUCAGACCACUCUCUCUCAAUCAUUGUCAUUGUAAUGAAUGUUAUAUUUUUUUUUUGUAAGUCCAAUUUUGUCAAUGAGUGUUAUAAUUUUUUUGGAUAAUCAAUAAAAUGUAAGUCCAAUUUAAACA